AUGACUAAAUUUAUUCCAAUUCCUACGCCGCGUUCGGGCAGUCCCCAUGACGCCGUCAGAGCGAGCAGAGUAGAUGCCGCAUCUUCUGCAUCGCCGAAAGCACUCGUCAAUAGGAAUAUCCUCGCAGCUGCACUGGAGCAGUACAAACCAGCGUCUGAUCAGCCAUUCAAGACUGAACAGCUGCGUAUUCUCCUCCUUGAGAACGUCAGCCAGGGCGCAGCGGCGCAACUCCGCGAAGCUGGAUUCCACGUCGACCACUUCGCCAAAGCGUGGUCAGAAGAGGAAUUGCUCGCUGGUAUCGGCCAUUAUCACGCUAUCGGUAUUCGCAGUAAGACGAAGCUCACCAGCAAAGUCAUCAAGGCUGCCUCCAAGUUGUUGGUCGUCGGUUGUUUUUGCAUCGGAACCAAUCAGGUCGAUCUCGGUGCUGCUGCCGAGUCUGGAAUCUGUGUAUUCAACUCCCCUUACGCAAAUUCUCGCUCUGUUGCUGAACUCGUCAUUUCUCAAGUUAUUGCCCUCUCGCGCCAGUACGUCGACAGGACCAACGAGCUCAAGCAGGGAAUUUGGAACAAGGUCAGCUCCGGCUGCUGGGAGGUACGUGGUAAAACGCUCGGUAUUGUCGGAUACGGUCACAUCGGUAGUCAGUUGUCAGUUCUCGCUGAGGCUAUGGGAAUGAGUGUGCUCUAUUACGAUGUCCUACCUAUCAUGCCACUUGGUCAGGCGAGACAGGUGGACAGUCUCGAGCAGCUGCUGUCCUCGUCUGACUUUGUCACGUUGCAUGUCCCAGAACUGCCCGAAACUAAGAACAUGAUCGGUGCAAAGGAGCUCGCGCAGAUGCGCAAAGGCGCUUAUCUCCUCAACAAUGCUCGUGGAACGGUGGUAGAUUUGGAGGCGUUGGCGGAGGCUCUCAACUCGAAGCACCUCGCUGGGGCUGCUGUUGACGUCUACCCCACUGAACCUAAGGGUAAUGGAGCUGAGCUGUUUACUGGCAAAGAGCUCGGCCCAUUCGCUGACAAACUCCGUCAAUGCCCUAACCUCAUCCUCACACCUCAUAUCGGUGGUUCCACCGAGGAGGCACAGCGCAUGAUCGGAAUUGAAGUAGGUACCGCGUUGUUUAAGUACCUCACCUACGGUACCUCAAUCAACGCCGUUCAGUUCCCUGAAGUGGAUCUUAGAAUACCGGUUAAACCAAAGGAGGGUGAAAACCGUCAGGCGAGGAUACUGCACGUGCACAAAGAUGAACCGGGUGUGCUCAAGGAAAUUAACACUAUCCUGUCAGAUGAAAACACUGGUCACUUUAACGUUAGCAAGCAGUACUCAGAUUCAAGAGACGGCAUCGCUUAUCUUAUGGCUGACGUUACUGAUGUUAGCGAGGUUGAUAUUGGAUCAAUAUUUGACAGGAUCUCUUCGACUAGACAUAACAUCCUCACGCGUAUUCUGCAUUAA